AUGGCCACAUCUACCAUCCAUGCAAAUUGCUCCAGUGACUCCAACCAAGUUAAAAGUCCCAAGAGAAAUGCUUCUGCUGCUGUUGAGACGUGUGGAGAAGAUGAAAAGAAGCCGCUUUUUCAACGGGUGUUUAACGAAGACGAUGAAGUGGCUGUGUUGGAAGCUAUAUUAGAGUAUUCCAUCAAAAAAGGGACUAAUCCUAGUGCUGAUAUCAAUGGAUUUUAUGAUUUCGUAAUGAAAUCCAUUCACGUUGAUGUUACAAAAGCUCAAUUGAAGGACAAAAUUAAGAGGUUGAAAAAGAAGUUCAGAAAGAAUGCUAAAGGUAACCGGACCUUUCUCAACUCGCAUGCCCAAAAAAUCUUUGACUUGUCCAAUACCAUAUGGGGUCAAGAAGUGAAAGGAAAGGAAGCAAUGGAAGUUGAUAUGGGAGAAAGCAGAGCAACUUUGGAACACAAGUGGAGGAAAUUAGAAAUCGCUGAAUUGGAAGUCUUUUUGCAACGAAAGAAGUUGAUAGUAGAGCAAGCAAAGUUGAUGCUGGAACGAUUAAAAUCUGAACAAAAAUAG